UCUUACCAGUGACUAACUAUGGUUCCUCCCCACAUUAAGCAGUCUUUUACAAUAUGUAUGCUAUGUAUACUACUUAAAUUAUAUUAGACUAAAAUAUAUUUUAGUUUGCAUAUUAAAACGAGAUGAAAGUGAAUAACUUUAAGCACGUCGAGCUGCUGGACCGGUGAAGCCGUCGGCGCCGCGUUAGAGGAGCAGAGAGAAGCAGAGAAGCUGCUCCGGAAGAGACAACACUCACAACACUCUCAACACUCCACAGCCCAGCCAGGAGCCAGGAGCCGUGGACAGCUGCUGACCAGUGCACACUAGAGCCUCGUCACCAUGUCUGGAGGUCCAGCGGUGAGGGUCAGCAUCGAGUCUACCUGUGAGAAGCAGGUGCAGGAAGUGGCUCUGGAUGGAACAGAAACAUACGUCCCCCCUCUGUCCAUGUCCCAGAACUUGGCAAAGUUGGCACAGAGAAUCGACUUCAGCCAGGGAUCUGACUCGGAGGAGGACGGGAUCGAGGGCGAACCCAGGGACCGAGAGUGGACCAAGCAGGAGCCAGAGGAAGAGGAAGGAACAGUGAAGUUUCAGCCGUCUCUUUGGCCCUGGGAUUCAGUGCGCAACAACCUGCGCAGUGCGUUGACCGAGAUGUGUGUGCUCCACGACGUUCUCAGCGUGGUGAAGGAGAAGAAGUACAUGGCACUAGACCCAGUCUCUCAGGAUCCAACAGCUGGCAAGACCCCCCAGGUGUUCCAGCUAAUCAGUAAAAAGAAAUCACUGGGCACGGCAGCACAGCUCCUCCUGAAGGGAGCAGAGAAGCUCAGCAAGUCAGUAGCAGAGAACCUGGAGAACAGGAGGCAGAGGGACUUCAACUCCGAGCUGCUGCGACUCCGCUCCCAGUGGAAGCUCCGCAAAGUUGGAGACAAGAUCCUGGGAGACCUCAGCUACCGGAGCGCAGGCUCCCUUUUUCCUCACCAUGGCACGUUUGAGGUGAUCAAGAACACAGACAUUGAUCUGGACAAAAAGCUCCCAGAGGACUACUGCCCCCUCGAUGUCCAGAUCCCCAGUGAUUUGGAGGGAUCUGCUUAUAUCAAGGUGUCCAUCCAGAAACAAGCUCCGGACAUCGGUGAUCUGGGAACCGUCGCCCUUUUCAGGAGGCCGCCGAAAACCAAAGCCGGUACCCAGCAGUGGCAUGUAAAGCUGGAGGCGGCUCAGAACGUUCUGCUAUGUAAGGAGAUCUUCGCCCAGCUGUCCAGGGAGGCUGUCCAGAUCAAAUCCCAGAUCCCUCACAUUGUCGUGAAGAAUCAGAUCAUCUCACAGCCCUUCCCAGGUCUGCAGCUGUCCAUCUCACUGUGCCACUCCACGGGAGAUAAGAAGAACCACCGGUCGUCUCCAGAGAAACCCAAACCGGACGACCACCUUUACGUACUGGAACACAAUCUGCAUCAGAUGAUGAGAGAGUUUCACAAGCAGCAGCUGAGCUCCGUGGUGAUGCCACAUCCUUCCAGCGCCCCCUUCGGCCACAAACGCAUGCGCCUUGCGGGGCCGAUGGCCUACGACAAAGCCGAAAUCACAAGCUUGCAACACAAUGAGGGACUCCUCGAGAAGAUCAUCAAACAGGCCAAACACAUCUUCCUACGCAGCAGGACGGCGCGAACCAUCGACAGCCUGGCCAGCCGCAUAGAGGACCCCCAGAUCCAGGCCCACUGGUCCAAUAUCAACGAUGUGUACGAGUCCAGCGUCAAGGUGCUCAUCACCUCUCAGGGCUACGAGCAGAUCUGCAAGUCCAUCCAACUGCAGCUGAACAUCGGCGUCGAGCAGAUCAGAGUGGUGCACAGAGAUGGACGCGUUGUCACGCUUUCACACCAGGAACAGGAACUGCAGGAUUUUCUCCUCUCACAGAUGUCGCAGCAUCAGGUGCAUGCAGUCCAGCAGCUGGCCAAAGUGAUGGGCUGGCACGUCCUGAGCUUCAGUAACCAUGUGGGCCUGGGACCAGUGGAGAGCAUUGGGAAUGCCUCUGCUGUCACUGUUGCCUCUCCCAAUGGAGAGUACGCCAUCUCAGUGCGUAACGGCCCAGAGAGCGGGUGCAAGGUCCUGGUCCAAUUCCCCCGCAGCCAGACCAAAGAGCUGCCGAAGAGCGACGUCAUCCAGGACGGCAAGUGGAACCACCUCAGGGGACCGAGCAAAGAGGUCCACUGGAGCAAGAUGGAGGGACGAAACUUUGUCUACAAGAUGGAGCUCCUCAUGGCCGCGCUGACUCCAUGUCCUUAGAUAUGCUCAGUCAGUGGACCUCUUUCCUCACACACUAAGCCAUGGUUUGUAUACAGCUGACUGGCAGUGAACUGGACAACCAAAUUGCCUAAACAUUUGGACAGGGCUUCUCAGCCAUGACACAGGCUUCUUUGUCAAAUAUGACAUUUCCAUCGCUGACACCUUUUCUUCACACAAUUCAUGGACUUUUUGAAUACUGCCAUAAUCCUUUUUCCACCUGCAGUAGUGUGUCCGUUGCCUGCUCUGCUUUUGAUUAUGUAAUGUUGUGGAGUGUGGGCAACUAAAACAAUUGGAUACAAAAUAAAACGUUAAGUCUGUAAGUAUUUGUUCUGGUUUGUCAUGAAAAUAAAGCUAUUAGAUGUUUUCUGAG